UUCAAUACUUACCUAUACUGGUAGCUCAACCGAUUGCUCCUAUAAGUUACAUGUAAACCUCAAAGGCUUCAGACUAUGAAAAAAUUCUGUUGUAAUAAUAUCUGUUGUCAAAGAUUUUACAUGAAACGUGGAGAUGCGGGUAUAUUUUACAUCAAGGUUUACAGCCAGAAGAUUUAAAAGUGGAAAAGCCAGUUUACUGCUCCCAUGCUAUUCUGGUUCACAGGUUUUAUCUUGUUACUCUGUAUCAUACCUGCAUAACAAUUGAACCACAUAUUUACCACUUUUUUUGGCUGAAAGUAGGCUUAUACAUUCAUGCGUAUCGGUGCAUUUAGCUGUGAUCUGGUGACAACAGACAAACCCCCAGUAGGACCAAGGCAGGACAGUGGAACAGGAGUUCCAGCAAUGUUAGUCCACCCCUGACAUUUACCUGGCCUUCUGUAUGUGGUGGCUUGUAUACUAGCUUCAUUGCUUAUGACCUACAUGUGUUUUGAGAUGAAUUCAAACAGGGACGUUUUGUGUUAUAGAUGUUUUCAAUUGUGGUGCUUUUAGAUCCGUCUUUAAUAAUUUGGAGUUCUUCAGAAAGAAGACAGGAAACUGAAAGUAGAAGUAUAACUGAUAUAAGGAAGACAGUCCUGUGUUUUUAAUGUGGAGCUGGAGGUAGCCAGGUACAUCUAGUUCUGUUGCCUGUCAUCUCUAUUCUAACCAGGUACUUGUAUGUCUACCUGGCAGGUGACGUCAUUCUCAGCUACCCUAAUUAACUUGAGAAUGUCCUAUUGAUAGGACACAUCCGUCAUAAAUGAUCACUCUGAGAUAAGUAGCCUGGUGUAAAGUGGGCUUACAAGGCCCUAUCUUUUUUGUCACACCUGAAGUGGUUAGACUUCUGUGGCAAGGACUUUUGUCUACAAACAGCAGCUGUGUUCAGCCCAGACCUGUGACUAUGGACUUGUGCCUGUUCUUCCACACAUCAGUGCUAAGACAGCCAGAAGUUGGCCUGUUCUGACAGGUACUCUUUGCUGUGUAAACCCACCUAAGAUGAACAGGGAGUGGAACGACAUACAGUAGUAUACAUGUAGCUUAGCCCGGUGGAGAUUUCCUUGAUCUGAGAUGCACCUGGGGAUGUAGCGUCAAGGAAUAAUGUACUGGGAUGGAGUUUGAGAACUUAUGUUGCUGAUUCUGAUGCAUCUUAAAUUUCUGUUUGACACAGUUAUCACGAGUUUCACACAACAAGGAGCAUAUGCUGUACCUGGGGACCCACCCAGGAAUAGGGAUCUGUUUUAGCGCAUUGGCCUCUCUCCAUUUUGUCAAGGAGACCUGAUCCGUUUACCAGUGCAGUUACCUACAAGUUACUUAGAGUACUUUUACAGGUGGAGGAUCCUGUCGGUGCGUAAUGGCGAGAUCAGCUAUGAGAAGAGAUAAAGACAGUUUUGAUCACAGUGCAGUGAAGACACAAAGCAGUUUGUUCUGUUAGUCAGGUUAGUUUGUAUCACACAGCUCAAUGUUUGCACCACAGUUGGGGAGCAUCAAAGGUCAAGUGAAUCUGAUUGCAGUGGCCAGUAACACACCCAAGCAUUCUUCACUGUUUGAGAUUUAUCUGCUGUCUGCCUUGUGCUGUUGAGUGUGAUCUCAUGUGAUUAACAUAGUGUUCACCUGUUGAAUACAGUAGUUUGUGCAACCUUCUGAUGAGCUGUUCAAGAUGAUGGAAACCAUGUGAAAUUUAAUGCAAUGUAUCAGGAAAUCAUAAGCUCAACCGCCGUUCAGAUUUUGUCUCCUUGACUAUACUGUUCCUAUUCAAUAUGGAGGGUAGUCGCCAAAAACAAAAGGGUGGAAGGAAAUUACCCAGAGCUCCUAAGUCACCAAAAAAGGGAGCUGGGGCAUCUGCAGCUGUCACUAAAACAGCGGGUUCCUAUGUGGCACUGACUUUGCUGGGCCGACCUCUAGGACAACAGACUAAGGACUCGCCCCAGACGCCGCCUGUGAAGGCCACUUCCCCUCCUGUGGACAAGACGCCUGUAUCCACACCAGAUCGAACGAGUAUCACUGGACCACAGCCUGUAGAUGCUCGAAAACAGGAGGAACUUACACAGCUUAAACUGGAUACCCUCAAGGCUAUGCACAAUAAAGCUAUUGCUGAAUACCAGAAUAUAAGAAAGGAUAAAGAUUAUGGUAGAAAUCCUGAGAAGUUAAAAGGCCUUCUAGAAGAUAAAUUGAAGACUGUGAAAACUCUAGAGAACCAGUUACAUUCAGUAUCACCUACAGAUUCAUAUAUUAUCAGCUUAUCAAACUUGUCCAGAGACAGUGGUACUAGUGAUUCUCUAGAACCAUCUUUGAACCAGGAUGUGUUCGAUCAGCCCACAUAUCGUCAUCCAUCUUGGUUACCAGCUGGUCCUCGGCACGCUAAGACCGGCUCUGUUCCCGUGUCCAUCUAUGCCUCACCUGACUCCAGCUCCAGAGUCAACCUGCCACGGUCGCAAUCAGACGCCUACACCAAGCAUCGUCUCACCUCUAUAGAAUCAGCGUCCGCAUUACAAUCAGGGUCCCGACCAGUGAGGAGCGAGUCCGCAAAAACCUCGGAGUCCAAAUCAUUGCCUAGCACAGUGCUGGAUGGCACGAGCAUGCCCCAUUCCCCUCAGCUGACCCCCAACACAUCGCCAACGCCCACACAUCCCCAGAACCGACACGACAGUGAUAGCCUGGACGCUGACAGUCGCGAUUCCAGACGUGACUCGGGAGUACAUGUAGGAACAAUGUCAUUGGAGGACUCUACCCCUAGUGCCUACAGGAAGGUCAAUCCUCAACAAGCAGAGAUCAUUUCUGCAGAGGAUGAUGAGUUCUCAGAGGAGGAGGAAGAUUCUGAGGAUCAUGGCCCAUUCAUGGCCUUGACCUUGCUAGAGAAGAAGCCAGCUCACAUGGCUAUAUUCCUCCAUUACCUCAUCUCCAACAGUGACCCCUCACCUCUGUUUUUCUGCAUAGUAGCAGAUGUGUAUGAAAAUUCUCAAGCCAGCUACAAAGACCUGAGGAAAUGGGCAUAUGAAAUAACAGCCACAUUUCUGGCUAAUAAUGCUCCACUGAGAGUGGAGGUAGAUGACUACACAUUGUCUACAAUAGAAGACAUUCUCCAGAGCAAAAAUGACAAAGAAGAUUUACUUCGUAUGAUAUUCCACUCAGCUAAGUCUGCAGCUAUGAAUAUUACAGAUGAACUGCUCGCUGAUUUCCGUCGUCAAAAGUCCUUAGGUCUGGGAAAUAUUUAUGGUGUACAUGAGCUUCAAGAUAGCCAAAGCAAGCAGAAGGACAUGCAGAUUAUCAACAAAUAUCUUUCUCCUCAUUUGGAUGGGCUCUUGCCCAAAGAGGAGGAGAAUACAGAGAGCAGUCACCGUAAUGAAGCUAUGGCGGCGGCGCUGGUCACUUUCUUCAAACAUGUGGGUGGUAUCAAGAGUACUCUUCAAGGUACGCAGAUUGACAGAGUACCGAGCUUUGUGGCAAAGGAUAAGAGAUCCAUCAAAUUCCCUGUUAUGACAAACAAAAAGAAUUCUAUCACAUUGAAAGGCCACUCAUUGACAGCUCAGCACUUCUCUCAGAUCACACACUGUGCUCAUUGUCACAACAUGAUUGGCGGAUUGGGCUAUCCAGGCUACACAUGCUCCAGUUGCGAGAUGCACUUUCACAAGUACUGCAUCAGCAAAAUGGAGGAGUGUUGUGGAAAGAAAAAGAAGCGAAUGUCUGUGUUAAGUGAUAUCAUAAGAAAACAAAGCAAUGUGACCAACCCAGCAACCAAAGACAGCACAAAAUCCCAUGAUGACAAAGUAGAUCCGUCAGCUUCUCCUGGGCCCCCUAUGUUUGAGAUAAAAUCUCUGGCUGAUGAAAAAGACCCAGAUUUAAAUCGUUUGAAAGAACAAGGCCAUUCUGUAGGCAAUCUGGUGCAGAUAUAUGAACAUACUGGGAAGAGCCCUGAAUCUGAACAAACCCCAGCAACCAAAAAGAAAGGAACAGAGAUAGGACGGUCAGAGAGUAUGAAAGGAAGAGGAGACCAACGCAGUGAGAAAUCCAGUGGUACAAGACGAACAAAAAGACCUCAUGAACUGAGCUACACAGACAUUCGUGAUGUGGACGUAGACGAAACCCUGAAAUCUCUGAACAACUCUGGCAGCUCCUCUACCUCCAGUCUCUCAACAAGUAAUUCAAGUGAGGCAGUGCAUGAACUAAAGCAGCUGAUAGAAGACGACUCUGAUUUUGAUGUCGAACCUGAAUUACCUCCCUUGAAACAACUCUUCACGGAUGACACGGUGAAGAAAUUGAAGCCUAAGGAAAAGAAAAGACAGGAGGUUAUAAAUGAAUUAUUUUACACAGAGCGAAGUCAUGUCCGGAACAUGAAGGUGCUAGAUCGUGUAUUUUUCCGACCCAUGACAGCAGAACCUCAUGUUAUCCAUCAGGGUUUAGUUAACCAGCUCUUCCCAAAUCUGGAGCAGCUAAUUAACCUUCAUUCUUCUCUCAACAAUGCAAUGAAGAACCGAAGGAAAGAAAAUCCAGUUGUUGGUGAGGUUGGAGAUAUUUUGCUUCAACGGUUUGAUGGUGAAGCAGGGAGUGAGUUUCGAGAAGGCUGUGCUAUUUUUUGUCGAAACCAAUCCUAUGCCUUAGAACAAUUAAGAAUCAAACAAAGACGUGAUGAAAAAUUUUCCAGACUUCUAGCUGAAGCUGAGAGUAAUCCCUUAUGCCGUAGGCUUCAGUUGAAAGACUUAAUUCCGACAGCUUUUCAGCGUUUAACAAAAUAUCCUCUUCUAAUUGAAAAUUUAAUGAAAUACACUCAGACCAAUUCAGAAGACUAUUCCAGAUUAGAGCGGGCUCUAAAGCGGAGUAAAAGUAUUUUAGAUUAUGUUAAUCAAGCAGUGCGUGAAUGUGAAAAUCAUCAGCGAUUGGUGGAAAUCAACAAAAGGGUAGACCGAAGACCCUUCGAGAACUCUAAUAAUCCAGAUGCUUUAGAAUAUAAGAAUUUAGAUCUGACCAAAAGGAAACUGGUUCAUGAUGGAAUGCUUUCGUGGCGACUGAGUCGAAAUAAACAGAUAGAUCUCCAUGUUGUUUUACUGGAAGACAUCCUGGUCUUGUUACAAAAGCAGGACGACCGCCUUGUUCUUAAGUGCCAGAGUACAUUAAAGAGUCCCGUGGUCGCUGGGAAGGACGACACCAAGGACACACACAGUCCUGUCAUCAGACUGACCAAUCUCCUAACACGCAAUGUAGCCACUGAUAAAAAAGCUUUUUUCUUGGUGAGCAACCCCAACUUGAAGCCCCAGAUUUAUGAGCUGGUGUCUUCGUCAUCUGAAGACAGGAAACGGUGGUUCAAACAUAUCACUGACGCGUGUGAGUCAUAUAAGAACCCGAAGAAUGACCUCCACAGUCAGAAAGACAACAGCUCAAACCAGGAUAACCAGUCAAGGCAGCGAGAAUCUGAACAAAUCACAGAGAUACGUCCCCAGAUCACCAGCCCAGACCGACAGAGAGAGGGCUCUGGGUGGGUUAAGCAUAAUAAUAAUCCUGCAGAUCCCUGUACUAACCAUGAGCAAGAAGUGCAUGGCUUAUUGCCCGAUAUUCAGACACAUCGACAAGAUCAGAUCACAGUUGUCCGCCCACAAAUUAUCACCCGCCAUGGACACCGAAAGAAGCCACGGGAGAACUCUGAAGGUGUGUCAGGAUCUCCAACUCCCUGCUCUGCCAGCAACGUGGUGGAGAGAGAUGACCCUUGGGUGGAGAGGGUGGGUAUAUCAGACCAUAUAUCAGGUAUAGACCAUAGCCAGCUGAUCCAGCCAGAAGAUGUCACAGUGACUGACCCAGAGAUAUCUGUAGCAGAGCCUGUGUUGACUCCACAAGAAAAAUUACGCCGAGCGGACAACCAACUCCGUCAGACUUUAGCAGAAAAAGAACAGAUUGCAGCAGAAAUUCUAGGGGUUUCAUUAGACCAAAGUCAUUUGUCAGCUGAGCAGCUGAGCCUGGAUUUGGACAGUGACCCCCGUGACUUGGUGGCUGCGGCCAUACAACAACACAACGAGAUUCUGGCCCUCCUUAGUGAGUGCUGUGUACCAGGGCCCAGUGAUAAAGACAGUGUUCAGUCGUCUCCCUCAUCUGCGUCUCGGAAUGCAGCUGUAACUCCCACUCCAGAGAACAGCACCGCCUCACCCAGCCAACCUGCUGGCUCCAUGCCCAUACCCAUGGAUAAGCUGAGACUGAUGGCAGGACGCAUGAAUUCCAUUCUGAGUAACCUGUUGACUGUUGUUGGUAAUAAGGAGGAGGAGCAGGACCGACUCCGACAGGAACUCAAGUCAGCACAGCAGCAGCUGGCCAUGGUGAAGGAACUCAAGGGCAGUAACUUCUACCAGUCUGAGCGGCCUUCCAGCAUGGUGUCAGUUGGGUCCUCAGUGUCAGAGUCGCUGGAGGAGACCCAGGCCUCUGUAGACGAGCUCCACCGUAUGUUGAUGGGGGAUGUGGGCAGUAUGAUCCGUGCGGAGGAUGUUCUCAUGGCCGAUUCCACCUUCACCCAGUCCACAGAUUUGGACUGCUCAGACUGGGCUGAUGUUAGUGAGCUUGAUACAGCGGACGGCCCAAACAAACAGCAGGUCACAGAUGUUGAUGAUGAGAUAUACAGCGAGGACAAGGGUGGUUCAAGUGGAGAGGAAGGCUCAGCCAAGUUUUUCCCAGCGGAGGAGACUCUAGAAGCAACUGGUGAACAGAGCUGUGCUGUGGAGGAGGAUGACUCUGGGGAACAGUCCGCCAAUGCCAUCGCUACUGAGGAGGAGAUCCCAGAGACUGUUAUCCACGGUGACGGGGAGGUGGAGCCAGCAGACUCAACAGCAAUAAACACAGAUCAGAGUGAAAGCAGUGUGCCAGACACAGGGCAGCGAGCUGAUGAGGGAACAAGUGUGGAUAGUGGAGCAGAGAACACAGACAGCAACACCACUGUCUAACCAAAGCCAUCCGUUAUGUUGCCUUACAAAUUUAUAAUCAUGAAGGACCGACUUGCAUCCCAUCUUUUCUAUGCACUGGACAGUUAUUCUUCCCCCAUACAACCAGAAUUUGACUGUUCACGGAGACAAACUACAUUUAGUACAAAUAUGCCAAAAGGUUGUUUAUUAGAUUAUACUUUACAUGAUGCAACAUGUAUGAAUAAUUUAGUUACAGAUUAUAUGUAAAUAUAGGCACUUGUUAGUCCAUAUAUGUACAGCAUUAGCCUGGUAUUUGUUUUAAUAGUUCAGAUGGUAGCCUCAUGGGCGUGCCUCAGACAACAUUUAUGCACUGUGGACAGUUUUUCAAGGAUAAUGGCUGUGUCACCACAAAUCACUUCCCACAGGUUAUAUUUAUUAUGAUUCUGUAUAAAUCACUUAGAGACUCUGAGAGUUGUAUGUAGUUUUAUAUGUGGCAGUGAUCCUAUUACCUUGACAGGGAUGUCUCAAUGAUUUGUUAGUGAUUAAGCCGUUUCAGUUGUACAGGGGGUAUUGUUGUAGUUGUCUAUUUCCUGUUCUGUCUCCAUUGUCCACUCAUUCUUGUCUUCCCACGUGUCAACAUCCCAUCAACUCUCACUGCCAUUUGUGAUAUUACAGGUCACCCCAGCAAACCAACAAUUUUACAUGAAAAUAUGAUAAUUUACAUGUCAAAAUUGUCUUUCCUCACCAAUUUUUUUUUUUUAAAUUCACAGUGUACAUAUGAGGAAACUAAAGUUUACAUGUAUUUAGAGAGAGAUUCUCAGAAUAUCCAGGAGCAUGCUAACCCUGGUUUCCUUGCCUGUUCGAAAAAUAACUAAAAGCAGAAUUUUUCACAAUCACAUGUUCAGACACAUGUAUAUUUUCUUCAAAAUCAUCCAAGCUGGUUUGAGCCUUCAGAUGUUUGGAUGAAAUCUCUUCAUAUUCUGUAUACAUUGUAUAAUAAUCCGUUGUUAUUAAUGUACAGGUUAUGCCUUCCCUGGGAACAUGUGCUCUUGGUUAUUGUAUAUCAGGAUAGCUUCUAAGCCACGCACCCAUGCAGUUAACCUGCAUGUGCCAAUGACUUGCUAUGUGCAUGUACAGCUAUAAACCACAUUAUAUAGUCCAAUGAGAGUAGGGGCGGACAGCACUUGUGUGCCAUACUAUAACCCUUAGAAAGUCCCCCGGGGUCUGUCCCAGAUCAUUGUUAUACACAUCAGGAUGUUAUAUAGUAUAUAGCCAUAACCUGGCCAUUCCCAGAGACAUCUAUUCAAUACAUUGCUGUGAUGGAACAGUGGCUGCUGUUCUUUGUCUCCAAAUGUUAAGACGGCAAGUCUUCAUCGCUUUCUGAGAGCAUGAGAAAUAUUUGUAUCACUGGUUACUACUGUAAAUAUAUAAAUAUAUAUAUGUUUGUAUAAAUUUAUGCCAAAUUUAUUCCUUAAACUAAGUGCUGGAAAAUCUUUGUUUUAAUAUUGAAGUGUGCUGUAUUAAAGUAUGGAAGGAAGGAAUUUAAUAUUUGGCAGAGUAGUGUUUGUGUGCAUACAGUUUACAGAUGACUAGAGUAAAGUUUCCUCUACCUUAUCAAGUGGUUUAGGUUGGUAAUUUCUGGCCAAGAGUAUAAACACUAAUCAUUUCUCUUUGUAUAGUGCUUUAUUUGAAACAUUAAAGAAUAUUUGAAUGCCCUAAUAAUUGGUUACUUGUGUUGGUGUGUAACAAGGAUGACUUCAUUUCAUAGAAAGUUGCAACGUGAUGUGGUGAGAAAUCAAGGUUUGUCUGACCCUGACUGACGUGAAGUUUGGCCUACUGUAAAUCUUCAACCUUUUUGCAUGUUUGCACAGUGUUUAUUCAGGCAUAUUCUAAAGGCAUUAUCCUGUGUUGACUAAUAAAAUU